CCUCCUCCUCCUCUCGCGCUCCGCAGUGACUCUCCGCUCCCCAUCAUCACUGCUACACUGGUCUGGAUGAUUGCAGUGGCAGCAACAUGGCUGUGAAUCUCAGCAAGAACAGACUGGCCCUCUUAACAGCCUACCAGGACGUUAUCAACGAGACUUCGGCGAACGACUGGGCUUUAUACACAUAUGAAGAUGACAGUAAUGAUUUGAUCCUGUCUGCAUCAGGAGAUGGUGGUCUGGCAGAAAUCGCAGUGACCUUUGAUAACACCAGGAUCAUGUAUGGUUUCUGCAGCCUGAAGGAUGCCACAUCAGCUCUGCCGCGCUACAUCCUCAUCAACUGGGUUGGUGAAGAUGUUCCCGACGCCCGGAAGUGCGCCUGUGCCAGUCAUGUAGCCACCAUAGCCGAGUUUUUCCAGGUGGGUCUUCCCAAGGGUGUCGACGUCAUUGUGAACGCCAGCAGCUUGGAGGACAUCGACCCCUCCGCCAUCGGACAGAGGCUCACCAAUGGGACGGUUCCAGUGGCCAGUCCGGUGCUGAGCCGCCUGAAGAUGAAAGACGAGGAAAACGGAGAACACGUGGGCACCACCUACCAGAAAACAAAUGCAGAGAUCGAGAUGAAGAAAAUCAAUCGAGAGGAGUUCUGGGAGCAAGCCAAGCGGGAAGAGGAGACGAGGAAGGAGGAAGAGAGAAGGAAGGCUGCGGAGGAGCGGCAGCGCUUCGAAAAUGAGCGAAUGGAGCUGGAGAGAAAAGAGCAGGAAGAGAGAGAGAAGCGAUACCGCGAAAGAGAGCAGCAGAUCGAGGAGCACAGGAAGAAGAUUCUGGAGGAGGAAGAGGCCAAAGAGAGGACAAGGAAUCAACCUUUGAUUGUAAGAACAGAGCCCAGCUGUGAAGACCCUUCCCUGGAGAAGAAGGAAUCUGAGGUUGAGGAAGCGGCAGCCAUCAUUGCCCAGAGGCCCAGUAACCCACGGGAAUUCUUUAAGCAGAGAGAGAGGGCCAUAGCCAACAGCGUGGACAUCUCUCCUGUGAUGACACACAGGACCGGCCGCUUGGACAGUCCAUUCUUGAGGCAGCAGCACAGUCCAUCCGAUUGCAGUCCGUCCCCUUCUCGCACUCCGCCACUAUCGCGGCGGCAGCCAGGUCCACCUGAUGACUUUGAUGAAGGCAUCCUGGAGCGCAGCAUGACCACUGGAUGUACUCCAAUCCCCAGAAUCGCUAUUCAGGAGGAAAAAGAUGACUUCUUUCGAAAGGAGUUUGGCUUUGACUCUCCCAAGCAAACUCCAGUGCAGGAAUCCGGCUUCACCAAGGCCUCUCCAAGCAUUUCCCCUCAGCCCAGCAGCGUCGCUCCGUUACCCAGCACAGACGAGAGCCUGCUAGACCUGUGGGACAGCGGCCCAGCCCCGGCGAUAGCCCUCUCCCAGGCCUCCACCCACAUUAUGGACCUGAUGGAGGAUACCCCGGAGCCUCAUCCUGCCGGCUCCUCUCCUGCGCAGCCACUCCUGAGCUUCGAUGAGGUGCCCGACGCCCCCUACUGCCCAGGGACAGAAGACGACCCCUCCAGCCUUGUGGACGUGGCUGGACCCCACCAGAUGACCCUCAGCUACCAGCAAGCCCUCCAGCAUGCAUCCGGCUCCGACAGCCAGGACAUGGAUGACGGACAGCUGCUGCUGACCAAUGGAGACACGCUGCUGAAAGAAGGCACUCAGGCGAGUGAAGGCUACUUCAGCCAAUCACAGGAGGAGGAUUUUGUCCAGUCAGAUGACUGCACUGCAAAAGUUAACCCUACACCAGUUUUUUACAACAAACCGCCAGAAAUCGACAUUACGUGCUGGGAUACAGACCCUGUGAUGGAAGAUGAUGAUUAGGAGAAACAGAAGCGACGAAAACUGAUCUCACAACAGUUACAGAAGUCUUGCAUCAAAAUGUUUUAGAGAAAAAACAAACAAACAACAACUACGUUAGCCACAGAAGAAAAGGACUGGGUUUAUUGUUAAAGAUGCCAGUGGGUAUGAGCGCUCUCGGUUCCUGUAUGUGUGUGUGUGAAUGUGUUGAUUAUUUAUUUCUAUCUUUCUUUCUUUUUCUUUUUCUUUUUUUUUUUUGCUAUGCAGAGUAUAGCACAGUGCGUCUCUAGCGCUCACCUGUGUCGUAUCGAUCCCUGUGCCUAACAGGUGUGUGUUGUAGCAGAUUAGACCGUACUGUUUUGAGUUUCUUCUUAAUCAACACUGAGCUUCAAUCCUCCACAAUCUUAGUAGUUUAGUUGAACCAACAUGAGUGUUUUCGCCCACAGGGGCUUUUGCUUUAGUGACUCAAUCGGUCGAAGCAAAGGCAUGUCAGAACUCGAUCUUAGCUUCAGUUGAGUCGCUUGUAUUUAGCAAACUGAAAACGACGGGGGUUUAUUUGUGAUUGCGAAACAAUUUUGUGUUGUGCCAAUUAUUUGGAGUCGGUGUAACGGCCUUUUAGGACUUUAGCGCCAGGUGGCAUAUGUAUAUUUUGACUACAUAUGAGUCUGUGUGUAUAAACAAUGGCUGAAACUGACGUUUCUUUUGGAGCAGCUGCAAUAGAGCUUUGAUUUGUUGGGAAACUUAGGCAAUAACAGUCGUAGUGGGCUCUAUUGGGAUUUGUUUUAGUUAUAUGUUUGGUAGUGUGUGUGUGUGUGCGUGUGUGUGCAUGCACUGUAUGUGUAUACAUCUAGUUUAAAGAAAAACGGGAAAAUAGUGUCCCUUAUUUUCAGAAAGGAAUCAUAGAAUUAUACUCUAUGUAAGUACACAAGCAUUAAUGCAUUUCUGCAAGCAGCAUGCAGCUAACUUAAAGAGUUGGUUCACAAAAUAAAUGCACAUUUGGUCGUCAUUUACUCACCUCCAUGACUUAUCCUGUAGGACAGUGAAUACUUUAAUAUUAAUUGAAAAAGGGCUAACCAGAACUUUAAAGUCGCCACGAAAUGGAUUUUAAGAUUGUCCUUUUUUUGCUAUCGUGACGUACAUCCAUUUGACAUGGACUUGAAAUUUUAAAAAAAAAUGUAGGGCAGCACUUAAUUUUGUUCUUUGGGAACUGAUUGGAUUGUUGAAAGACGGGUGUUGCUAACAAAAUGAAGGAAGACUGGCAAAUGGACAGAUUCAGAGGAGAAGCGAGCCCCGCCCUAAACGGUUUCGAGAGGGAGGGAAGGUUUUGGAGUUUGAUUAAACUUUAUGAGGGUAAAUAAAUUUUUACAAAAUAACGAAGUGCACGGAUACAUUGCUUAAAACAAGCACUAAUGUAUACUUAUAAAAAUACGAAGAGUAUAUUUAGAUUUUAUGAUAACUUUAAAACCCCCAAUAUACUUCAAGCUACUUCAAGUUAGUUUGAACAUUUGUUUCAAAAUGCAAAGCAUUAGCUUUGGAAAAAACAACAAUUGGCUCAUGGUGAUACAAUAGGUAGGUGUGGCCCUGUUGCCCCACCUUCUUUAACAUGGAAAUCUUUUCUGGGUCAUUUCAUCUGUUCGGUCGAGAUCAAAGCAACAUUAGCUAUGUUUCCACCAACCUGCGCAUUAUUAUUUUACUUUUAAUUCUAUAUGAAAAAUUGUGCAGAAUCUAAAAUCGAAACACAUUUAAUUGAAGAAACUCUAGCAUGCGCUUCAAGAAGUCGUGAUUUUGUUUUAACAGAUCAUGUGAUUAUAUGCGUGCAUUUACGGACAAACCAGCAGACUGAGCGCAUUGUAGAAAAUCAGAAAUGUUGUUUUCUUUCUAAAAUCCCUCAGCCAAAGUCUGUCAUCACAGUGGUUCAGUAUUAUGACCUCCCAGAACUGUUUAGAGCGUCUCAAGCCUCCAAGGCUGCGUUUAGGCUUUAUUUACACUGCAUGGUUCAAGUGACUCAAUUCCGUUUAUUUUUUCCCCAUGUGGCACAGAAUGAAUAUGCCUCAUGUACAUGUUAACAGGAAAAGGUCACAUGGAUUCUGAUUUACUCAAAUCAGAUUCAGGCCUUGUUCAUAUGUGAAAAUGUAUGCGAAAUAAAUAGGAUGUGUGCCCUUGUGUCUGCACUGUAAGCAAGUAGAUCGAAUUUUCAUCUGUCAAUUCGAGUCACGCGUCAUUAAAAACCGUAGCGAAUGACGUCAAGUCUGACGCUUUCAUUUCAGAACAGACUUCAGCAGAGUUGCAAAUCUUAAAUCUCAUACACAAGGACUAAAAAAGCUCUUAUAUUGCUAUGUAGUACAAGGAUUUAAGCAUGUUAACAAGAGAGCACAAUGUUCACAAUGUAAGUAAUAUAAACGGAUAUAAAACUAUUCCAUACAUCACAUGCAUAAAUCAAGCCAGGGACAUUAUAUUAAGAUGCCUACUGGAAAAGGGCUAGAUUUAAAAAAGAUGGCCAAAUAAGACCGUUUCUGUCAUAAACUAUAGUAAAACAACGUGUCAAGAAGAAUUUUAAAAAUCAAAACCCUAGAAACAGAUUAAAUACAGGAACGGAGAAAAUGGCGCUCUUUUAUUAUCAUCUGCUCAUUGCACUUUUGCAGUGUGCUGUGUAAUUGCAGACAAUUGGAUACUAAUCACUUUUAAAAGAUGAUGUAAACGGCUACAGUCACAAAAACGAAAUUGACCAUCAAAAUUUGCAAAGUUGGCGCCAGUGGUGUAGUGGUUAGUGCGUCAACACACUCCGGUGCUCGUGGCCCUAUGCCAAUCAUUCCCCUAUCCCUGCUCCCUAUGCUUUCCUGUCAAUUCUCUAAUGUCCUAUAAAAUAAAGAAGAAAACCCUCUAAAAAAUAAAUGUAAAAAAUCUGCAGAGUAAAUGCAGCCCAAAAGCCGUUUAUUGCAUUGUCAUUAAGUAUAUUGGGGCCAUUUGUUACUAGCAUGUUUAGCCGAAGAUCAGUCAACCACAUUUUGGAAAAUCAUGUGAAGCGUGAGUAAAUGGCCCGGUUGAUAUUUUUAAGUGAGCCAUCUCUUUAAGAGGAAUAAUUACAGUCGAAUUGCUAUUAUUCAAGUAGCAAAGCUAUAAAUAUGCUGGCAGUUUAGCUAAUUCUGCUGUCACACUAGAGGUUAAGCAUGCGAAAUUCUGCUGUAUGGCUUUGCGAAACGGUGCGGGAUUAAACAAGAUGAUUAGACACUAAACAAGCAAGCAAUUGGUCCAUAUUUUAAAUUUCUGCACAGAGACGUCAUGUUUUGAUCUUCGAUUGGUAACGUGAUGCGAUUUCGUAGGUCAGACUUCACAAAGCUUGAACUUUCCAAUGCAGCGAACUGCGAAAUCUGCGUUUCUGGUCUGUCGCAUUCACGAUAUGGGGCUCAAAUUCUACAGCUUCACUCGCAUACCAAACUGUCUCUCCAUAUCGACAGUAGUCUGUGGUCGUUUUUUGUCCUAGCGAAGUCAGUUAUGCUAACGCUAGCUAUAGCGCCCCUGGUGGCGGCGAAGUGUUACGAAUUGCAUUUUUCUAACACAUUUUAGCAAGCUACAAAAGAGAAGCUUUUGGAUUGAUGUACUUGCAUAAAGUAUAGUUUUGACCACAAUUUAUCGUCAACCUUUUAAAUUAGUCACACAUUACAAGCCAAGGUAACCCUUAUUAUUUAAAUAAAAACAAAAAAAAACAUUGAUAUAAUCCUUUUAUUGUUUUGUUGUAGGUUAAAAUUACAUAACCCAGGUCUUUCUUCAAAGUGAUGUGAAUCUAGCACAUUUGUAAGAUGUUUUUAUGAACCUAAAAUAAAAAUGAAAUUGGGAUUUGUAUCCGACUUUUACACAAAGACAACUGCAGGGAAACACAGCCUUGCUGAAGGGCAGAAUGGUGAGAGCGUAUCUCACUGACUCAACCUGUAAUCUUUUGUUGUACCAGCCCACACCAUCAACAGCUAAGUUAUCACCACCACCCACUGCCCCACUCCUUGAUUGACCACCGUCUUCCUUAGUUUUAGUCAUGUUGAAAAGCAGUAUCGUCACAUAUUGCUUUUACAAAUCUCUUUUGAGUGAAAAAGCGAGCAAUAAGACUAAACCAAUAGUAUUUUUGUUUCUGUAAAUAGCUCUUAUGUCAAAUGUACUGCAUUUACUAACAUGUAUUGAUUCUAAGCUCCGGGAUUGGCAUUCGUUUAGAUUGAGAUUCUUUGGGGAGAGAGAAAACAAGGUUGCUCGGUAUGAAAGCUAACCGGAAGUAACCCGCAUCUUUAACAGUAACGUAGAUCCUUUUGGAAUGACCUCCAUGUAUUCCUGUUCACCUCCUUAGUAGUAAUUAUUAUUCUCUUUCUCCCUCAAACUACUAUAGGAGACUACUACUACUACCACUACUAUUAUUACUAUUACUACUGUUCUACUACAGUAAUUUCUUCUUUGCCCCUGAAGCAAGGCUUAGCAACUCCUGAAAGUUCUCUCUCUGUUUUUUUUUAUAAUUUUUUUUCUAUCUCUUCCUUUUUUUCCGUCCGCUCCUCACAUGCUGUUUUUGAAACAAGCACAAGAUCUUUUGUGACAUGCUAUGUGCUUAUGUAUGUUAAUAAAAGACUUUAAAAUCCGUCA